AUGGAGCAAUCGUCACGCCCCUCCGUUACGGCCGUUGCGCGCGCCCCGCAGGUGCGGCAGCUCAGCACGUCGGCGGCCAGGCCCGUGUCGAGGCUGGUGAAGCCGCCGCUGCAGGUGUACGGGCUGGAGGGCCGCUACGCCACGGCGCUCUACUCGGCCGCCGCCAAGCAGAAGAAGCUGGAGCAGGUGGAGAAGGAGCUGAGCCGCGUGCAGACUCUGAUGCGGGAUCCCAAGCUGUCUGGUGUGGUUAUGAACCCUCAUAUCAAGAGCGCGGUUAAACAGAAAGCUGUAAAUGAUGCGUUAGCAAAGGAGAAGAUGUCYCCGAUUACCAUCAACCUGAUGAACCUGCUCGCCGAGAACGGGCGCCUGCGCUACGCGCCCAGCAUCGUGUCGGCCUUUGGCAAGAUCAUGAGCGCGUACCGGGGAGAGGUGCUCUGCACCGUCACCACGGCCCAGCCUCUGGAUGAUGCCAGCCUUACUGAGCUAAAAAGCGCUUUGAAUGGAUUCUUGGCUAAAGGAGAGAUCUUAAAGCUCGAGACCAAGACGGAUCCCUCAAUCCUUGGUGGAAUGAUUGUCAAUAUUGGGGAGAAGUACGUGGAUAUGUCAACGAAGUCCAAGAUCCAGAAGCUCACCAAAAUCAUGAGAGAGACUGUCUAGCAAGCCGUCCUAUUCAGUGUUCACAGUGAAACCUGUCAGAUGAAUCUAAUAAAAUUACUGCUUCUCGACCAGA